AUGGAGUGUGUCAGUACAUGUUCCAUGUCUAUAUUGAUAAACGGUUUACCUUCUAAUCCAUUCAAGAUGGAAAGAGGCCUUCGACAAGGUGAUUCACUGUCUCCAUUUUUAUUUGUACUUGUUGUGGAUGUACUACACAGGAUGUUUGGGGAGGCAGUUAGAAACAGCGGCAUAUCUCCCCUACUGGUUGGUAGAGAUCAUAUUGAGCUGUCGCACCUACAGUUUGCGGAUGAUACAAUUCUGUUCUGUCCUCCAGAGGAAGAGACUGUUAAAAAUUAUAGGAGGAUCCUCCGUUGCUUUGAAUUGAUGUUAGGGUUAAGUAUUAACUUUGACAAAUCUAGCUUGAUUCCAAUCAACUGUGAUGAUCGAUGGGUACAGUGUAUGUGCAGCGUACUGGGCUUCCAGGAAGCCUAUCUCCCAGUUAAAUACUUGGGGAUCUCGCUAGGAGCUAACCUGAGAUUGGUGAAAACUUGGAAGCCAACUAUAGACAAAGAGGAGGAUAAACUGAGCAUAUAG